ACAGCAGCGAAAAUCUAGGGACAGUGACAAGUUGCACGCUCCAGAUGGGAAUUAUAUAGAAGAUGCAGAGCCUUCUGAAUUUGAAAGCAGACCAACUAAUUCAUCUAUUCCAAAGAUGCACAGUAAUGCUAGUUCCACAGACAGGGCUAGUGCCCACUAUUAUUGCAGAGAAUGGCGUUCUGAUGAACACAGUCGAAAGCGUUACGGUGGCUCCGUUACUUCGUCCAUGUCCACAGUUCCCAUACCAUUACUACAUUCUGCACUUAACCGUCAAGGGUCCUUAGCUCAGUCUGCCCAUAGACCAGCAUCCUCAACAAACAGGAGCGCAGCAACAGUUUCUCCACAAACACUGAAUUUGGAUGGCAGUUCAAAAUUCAGUAUGCAUGCACCUUUGUGUUUUUUGCGCAAUAGGGACUGUCUGUCUACUCCAGGAAGUUCUGAUGUUCCACCGCCUCUUCACAGUAUACCUGAAGACAGCAGCUUACUGGAAGCUAGUAUCAGAGACAGUUUAAACACUUCAUCUCCCAGUGGUGCCUCACACGAUGGCGAGAGCUUACAAAAUUCACUUAGUUCUUUAUCUCUAGAUUCUUCCAGCCCAUCUUUGUUUCAGACAAGAUUCGCUCCAGAUCUCCAGGCAGCUUCUGCUUUGUAUGAUCAGUUGCCAUUUGCUUUGCCAGCAGCACUGGCGUUACAAAAUUUAAGUAGCACCGUGAGCAACACGACCGCCUCCCAGUCAGCGAGCACAGAGGAAGUGAAGAAGCCACAGGCAGAUCAAGAGAAACUUAAACAACUGCAGGAAAGCGUCCUGGCAGAAGACUCGGGAGAAGAAGGAGAUCAGUGUCGUAUAUGUCAGAUUGCUGGGGGUUCUCCUACAAAUCCACUGCUAGAGCCAUGUGGCUGUGUGGGAAGCCUGCAGUUUGUUCAUCAGAAAUGUCUCAAAAAAUGGCUCGAAGCCAAAAUAAAGUCAGGUGCUGAUCUGGGGGCAAUAGAGACAUGCGAGCUGUGUAAGCAGAGCCUAACAAUUGAUCUGGACGAUUUUAACGUAAAUGAGUAUUACAGAAACCACCACUACUCACAGGCACAGAAUGAACUAACAAAUCUCUAUCUCGUGCUGCUUUUCAUGUUUGGGAACUCAUGAGACAGAGCUACAAUCUGGCCACCAGAAACAGGGUUCUGGCUCUGAGAAAAACAGAUAAAACAGCUCAUGACUUGGAAUUCCACCAAGAAGCCUCUUAUCUUGAAUACCCUUUUCCAUGUCUUUUAUACCCCUUGUGUUUUCUCCUGCUUUACACCAAACUAAACAAUUGUAUGUAUGUCAUACAGUCCUUUCAGUAGUUCCAGUGAUGUCUUUAAAAGUCCAAACACUGACCGGUAAUUACUUUAAAAGAACAUAGGUCAAGGUAACCAGUAGCAAAAUCAACGUGGUGUUUCUAUUGAUUAUGUCCUAAAAUGGCCUAACCUAAUUGGAAACACUUGGCUAGUAAGUUCUUUGUGUUUUUAACUUCUUUAAUCUUUAAAAUCACAAGCUACUGAGAUGCCUGUGGUUCCUUUGCUGUGUGUUUUGAGCCACAUAUAAUACUGACAGUCUGUGGUUUUGACGAUUUCUCCUGAUUAGAGCUUGAGCUUAUGAGGUGAUGUGAUCAAAUACACAGCUUACAACCAAAAGGUCCAAACCACACUUUUACAUGUGUUGAUUCGAUACACAUAGCAACAAACCAUCCAAGUGCAUUGCCUUCACCUUGACUGAGACAAAUUUUCAGUAAAGUUCUUGAAUUUA